GGAGAUCAUGGUAUCUAUGCAUGCCAAGAGUUCAUGCAGCUAAGUCCGCACGAACGAAGUAACGCGGCCAGAAAUAAAAGGUUAUGCAUAAAUUGUCUAAGAAAUAAUCAUAAUACAAGUAAAUGUCUUGCGCCUGGUUGCAAAAAAUGCAGUCGACGACAUAAUACUUUAUUACAUUUUGAGGUUCAUAAUACACAGCGUAAUAACGUAGAGCAACAAUCUCCUAGUAAUCAGCAAUCAACUUCAUCUGUUUCUACAGAAUCAGUAAAAAAGAGUUACGCGAUUACAUAUGACUCGGAAGUUUUGUUAGGGACAGCACGAGUUUACAUUUUAGAUCAGUACAACAGGGCACACGAAUGUCGUGUAUUAUUAGACGGGUGCUCCCAAUGCAAUUUCAUUUCAGAAAAAUUAGCAGAUAAUCUUAAAUUGAUUAAACAAAAAAUUAAUUUGCCGUUCGCAGGACUUGGUCAAUUAACUACACGGGCAGAAUAUAAAGUAAAGACGACAAUAAAGUCACGGAUAAAUAAUUUUGAGUCGCAGGUAGAAUUUGUAGCGCUUCCCACAAUUACAGGAAUACUUCCGUCGCGGCAGGUAAAUAAGGGGGCUCUUACAAUCCCUCAUAACAUACAAUUAGCAGACCCGGAAUUCAACAAACCGGCAGAAAUCGACGCGUUAAUCGGAACCACACUGUUUUACAAGCUACUUAGCAAUGGUCAAAUCAAAUUAUCUAAUAACACGGAUGCAGUACUACAAAAAACCUUGCUCGGCUGGAUUGUCGCUGGCGAGGUAGGCAAAUCCGAAAAUUUCGCGGCACCUAAGUCAUGUCAUGUAAUUACUUCGUUAGAUAAACAAUUAAUGAAAUUUUGGGAGGUUGAAGAAAUACCAAAUAAAAAACAUUUAUCAACUGAAGAAUUAGCUUGCGAAAAAUUAUAUAAUGAGUCGACAAUUCGUGGUUCGGAUGGGAGAUACAUCGUACGUUUGCCAUUCAAUGAGCGGAAAGAUACGCUAGGAAAUUCAUAUAACAUGGCCCUUCGUAGGUUUUACUCACUAGAACGAAAAUUAGCAAAAGAUAAGGUUUUGAAAAACGAAUAUUCAAAGUUUUUACGGGAAUAUCAUGAGCUUGG